UUUUUAGUGACGUAUUGUAUUAUUACUACAGUGCCAAUUGAACUAUUUAUAUUUUUUUAUUCCAUUUCAUAUUUCAUUAAAGCAGUUUUAUAUAUUAAUGUUAUUCAUAUCUUUAUUCAUUAUUAUCUUCAUUACUAUCUUGGAUUUCUAAUGAGUAUUUCAUAUUGUUAGCAACUCGGUACAAGCGAAGUGUGAGUUGUGACUGAUUAGCUCUUAAUAAAAUUUUGAUCUAGAAACGAGGAAAUACGUGGUGAAAGUUGUUGAAAAAUUUAGUGUACUAAUAAUACAUCAAAACGGCGGGCCGAAGCAACAUGCGUCGAGCCCGAGAUGGGUAUUCAUACCAGCCAAUUCCUAGAGUAGCCACAGAGGACGCAUUAGAACAUGAUAACGAGCGAAUGGCUGAAGAAUUAACUGGGAAGAUAAGUACAUUAAAGCAUAUGUCAAUACAGAUUGGUGAUGAAGUCCGAUAUCAAGACAAUUUACUACGUGGAUUAGAUGAUGAUGUUGAUAGGAGUUCUGGAUUCCUUGGAAAAACAAUGGGUCGAGUUCUCAAACUUGGGAAGGGGAAUCAUAAUUACUAUAUAUUUUAUUUAUUUAUUUUUUCAAUAUUUGUUUUCUUUUUGUUGUAUAUUGUACUAAAAUUUAGAUGAUCUAAAAUAAUGUUACUAAUAAACCUUGUUUGCAUUCCUAUCCCAACAUUAAAUAAAAUAUUUAUUGAUGUAUUGUAAAUAUAUAACAACAUAUUAUUAUGUACCAAUAAAUUCUACUGUUUAUUCA